GCCAACAAGAUGGGUUUUCAAAAUAUCCUGUGCGUGUAUGCGUUCUGGAGGGAGGACGACGCUGCAUCUGUUCAUUCUUCUGAAGCUCCUGCGGCCUGCAGACGCCGCGGCUCACACAAUGGAGACAACAGCAGCGAGCACGGUGACUUUCUGGAUCAGAGUGUUGCCUCUCCAAGCACAGGAGACGAUGAAGACCCUGAUAAAGAGAGGAAGAACAACAAGAAAAGAGGCAUUUUCCCCAAACUGGCAACCAACAUCAUGAGGGCAUGGCUGUUCCAGCACCUCACGCACCCGUACCCCUCUGAGGAACAGAAGAGGCAGCUGUCCCAGGACACUGGGCUGACCAUCCUGCAGGUCAACAACUGGUUUAUCAACGCCAGGAGAAGAAUAGUCCAACCGAUGAUCGACCAGUCCAACCGCGCAGUAGGUCACGGUGGCCCGUACACUCCUGAUGGUCAGCCAGUGGGUGGUUUUGUAAUGGACGGGCAGUCGCACAUGGGCAUCAGACCACCAGCGGCUCUGGGUGGUCUUGGGGGAGUGAAUAUGGGGCUGGAGAGUCAGUGGCACUACAUGUAAACACACCCCUGGCAUCCUGCUGAACACAGCAGAGCAGAGAGUCAGGCUUUUUGGCGAGAGGAUCGAUCCUUUGGACGUCCUUUUUGGACUGAUUCGGAAAUUGGAUUUUGACUUGCACCACCAUGAACGGCCUUUAUUCAAAUACCCUAAAGAAACCCCCUACAGCUUUACUCUUGGAACGAGGCGCCGUCCUCGUGAUACAGACGCUUUCAAGAUGGCCACCAGGACUCACGUUCCCUGUGAUGGGCAGAUCAAGCGUAUCAGGACAGAGAGAAAACAAUACAGGAAAAAGAAAUGCCUCAACACCUGGACGGAGAGAUUCCUUCAUGUGACCUUUCACCUGGAACCAGGUGAAUCUUCAAGUGGCCUGAAAGGCCAAAAAAAAAAGUCUCAUGUUUCAACUCAAGUGCCACCUGAAAUAAAGAGUCAUUAUUCUGCAGACAAAAACCCCGGAGUAUUUUUGCAGCGACAGACAUCGACGUCACCCUACCACACGUCUGCGUCACACUUCGCAGGCAUCUGUUACAGGAGUUCUCGAUCUGAUCUGUGCAAAGCAAUUCAAUACAAAGCCGUAAAUGUAUAUAAUGCUGCUGGAUGUGUCAAACGUGAUACAGAAAAGGUUCAUAAACGCUGGUAUUGCCCGAUGAAUGCAACUAAAGGUUUCUCACACAUCAUUUACUGCAGUAUAAAUGGGCUUAGAUGCAUCUGAACGGUCAAUGAUUUUGAAAGGUACUAAUGAUUGUUUUGGAUUUGACUGACAUGAGCUGAGCUGUAUAUUCACACUGUGUGUGUGUGUGUGUGUGUGUGUGUGUGUGUGUUUGGUUUUCAGUGAGUGUGGGUUUAUUCACAUAA